UGUAUACCAUUUUUAUUUUAUUGUUAUAAAUAUGUUUAGACGCGCACCGAAAGCAGAUUAUAUCGCAUUUAAUGUUGAACUCGUCAAAGCUGUCGAGCAACAUCCCUGCCUCUACGAUUAUAAUCGUAAAGAAUACUGCAACAGAGAAUAUGUUCAAAACACGUGGGAAGAAAUCGCAAAGCACUUCAAUUGCACUGCAAAAGAAUGUAAAGAUACAUGGAAAAACUUAAGGAUAGUUUUUAGCCGAAAUAUCAAAAAACGAACUUCAGGAACUAGUGGCAGAAAGAAACCAUAUUAUCUGCUAGAUAGUAUGAGUUAUCUCAUACCAUUUAUGAAAUUCGAUAAUUCAACGCCAACGGAACAAAAAGUUAUAAAUGAAGCAAAUCAUGAUGAUGAAUCCUCAAGUGAUGAACUUACUAGGGACGAAGAAGAAGAUGAUAUAAGUUUUAUCAAUGCACACAAUGAUAAUAAUGCAAUUAUUGAACACGCAAUAAAAGAAGAGUGUGAAUCAGAGGAAGAAAGACAGUUUCAAGAAAUCCCAAAAGAAUUACCACGAAUGAAACAGAUGAGGCAACAUGAAACAGCACAUCCAAAAGAAUAUUCAAUAGAACCGCCAAGAAAAAAACAAAGGACACAAUUUGUCCCAUCUAUUUCGUCAAGCAUCACUACUGGCUCAAAUUAUGUCAACAAAUUAAAUAGAUCUAAUUAUAAACAACAAUUUUUACAAAGUCUUUUUCCCGAUGUGGAUGACAUGAACGAAGCUCAGUUUCGAACAUUUCGCCUGGAAGUUUGCAAACUAGUCAACAAUAUUUUAACUUUCCAGCCACCACCAACAUCACAGCCUCCCAGAAGCAGAAAUUCUUCAUAACUUAAUAAAUAUUUGAAGCUGGAAAAUAAUUAAAAUAAAACCUUAUACAAAAAAAUGUAUUGUUUUAUUCUAAA